AUGGAGGAAGAUGUGGAGACAGGAGUCCACCUUGAUCCUGCUAUCAAGGAAGUUCAGUACAAUCCCACUUAUGAUACCAUGUUUGCUCCUGAGUUUGGACCAGAAAACCCAUUUAAGACUCAGCAAAUGGCUGCACCUAGAAAUAUGCUUUCCGGAUAUGCAGAGCCAGCUCACAUMAAUGAUUUCAUGUUUGAACAACAAAGAAGAACAUUCGUAACCUAUGGCUAUGCAUUAGAUCCCUCUAUCGAUAACCCUGAAGUUGCUACCAAAUAUAUUGGCUCUGUCGAAGAGGCUGAAAAAAAUCAAGGUUUAACAGUGUUUGAGACAGGACAGAGGAAAAUAGAAAAAAGGAAGAAAUUCAAAGAGAAUGAUGCGUCUAACAUUGAUGGCUUCUUGGGACCAUGGGCAAAAUACGUUGAUGAAAAAGAAGUGGCAAAACCCUCAGAAGAAGAACAGAAAGAGUUGGAUGAAAUAACAGCUAAGAGGCAGAAGAGAGGAAAGCUAGAGGAUGAUAAACCUGGGGAGGAGAAGACUAUAUUACACGUCAAGGAAAUGUAUGACUAUCAGGGGAGAUCUUAUCUUCAUGUCCCUCAAGACGUCGGAGUUAAUCUCCGUUCUACCGUGCCACCGGAGAAAUGCUAUCUUCCGAAGAAACAAAUCCACGUGUGGUCUGGACAUACAAAGGGUGUCAGUGCAGUUAGAUUGUUUCCUCUCUCUGGGCACAUAAUGCUGUCUUGCUCUAUGGACUGCAAAAUUAAGCUAUGGGAGGUAUAUGGCGAUCGAAGGUGUCUACGAACAUUCAUUGGGCACAGUAAAGCCGUUCGAGACAUCUCCUUUAAUAACGCUGGCACGCGGUUUCUCAGCGCAGCCUACGACCGCUACCUGAAGCUCUGGGACACCGAAACAGGGCAGUGUAUUUCAAGAUUCACCAAYAGGAAGGUUCCCUACUGUGUCAAAUUCAAUCCCGAUGAAGAUAAACAGAAUCUCUUUGUUGCAGGAAUGUCAGAUAAGAAGAUUGUGCAGUGGGAUAUUCGGAGUGGUGAGAUUGUGCAGGAAUACGACAGGCAUUUGGGAGCUGUCAACACCAUUGUGUUCGUGGAUGAAAAUAGACGGUUUGUGAGCACAUCCGAUGACAAGAGUUUAAGAGUCUGGGAAUGGGAUAUUCCCGUGGACUUCAAGUACAUAGCUGAGCCGAGCAUGCACUCGAUGCCAGCCGUGACUUUGUCUCCCAACGGGAAGUGGCUGGCUUGUCAGUCGAUGGACAACCAAAUUCUGAUUUUCGGCGCUCAGAACAGAUUCAGAUUAAACAAGAAGAAGAUCUUCAAGGGCCACAUGGUAGCUGGCUACGCCUGCCAAGUGGAUUUUUCACCUGACAUGAGCUAUGUGAUAUCCGGAGAUGCGGACGGAAAACUGAACAUCUGGGACUGGAAGACCACCAAGCUCUACAGCAGGGUGAAGGCCCACGAUAAAGUCUGCAUUGGUGCCGUGUGGCACCCGCACGAAACGUCCAAAGUCAUCACGUGUGGCUGGGAUGGCCUGAUUAAACUGUGGGACUGAGGAGGAGGAGGAUGCAGAGGGCUCAAGUUGUAAGUCUUGCUGGCAUCUGAGWUUGGAGUGACUCCUGCCAUGAGGAUGGCUAGACAUUGGGCAUGCAGCUGGUCUCAGCUAGCUGGGUAUGUCCUCCCCAAAACGGGAGAUCUCCGUGGCAGGAAAAGGGACUGGAAAAAAUAAUAGAUCUAAACCUGACCUCUGGGUGUGAGAGGUCAGUGGCGCAUGCAGCACCAAGUGUUAGUUUGUCAUGUGUCUCUUUUUUUU